ACUGCCUUCAUUUCAGUACAGUCGGUGCUCAGAUUUGUAGGUUCACUUCCUUGUUUCGGUUCUGCGGCAUUUGUUUGAUGUCUUGCUGAUAUUCAUUGCGCCAACCAGCACGCCUGUCAUGCUAACAUUCCCAAAAUAGUACUGUCUUUUGUCACAACAAGCCAGAGCCGUAGUUAGUCUAGUCAGUGUAGGCUUACAUGAAAAAAACCCAACAACUGCACUUCACCAAAAGCCGAUUGUCACGAAGCGAACAGUGUAUUUUAAUAGCAUCCCAUUCCAACAAUACGGGAGUCGAGUCGAGUACGCACCUUAACGCGACACAUUGUUAGGAUUGUUGGCCUUGCUUCCCUGUAUCCUGCAGGACCAGGAACAUAGUGAUUGUACGUUGACAACAAUCAUCAUGUCCGUGCAGAGAGUACUUUACAAUUAGAAAGGACGUCAGGCAUUAAAGCAGAUACUUUUCUAGUAAGAGUAAGAGUGAGACUUGGACUGUCUUUGUGGAUGUAGUAGGCCUACAUUUUUUUUGCAUCUGCCAGUGCCACACAGUGCAUCAAAACAACUUCAAGAUGAUGGGCAAACAGUAUAAUCGUAUGAAGCAGCUGGCUAAGCAGAAUAUUCUGAGGGCAGAGAAAACAGAAGUAUUGAAUGAUGAUCUUCAACAGUGUGAGAAGAAAGUUGACAUCAUCAAGGAUGCCUGCCAGAAAACAGUCAAAAAGCUGUCAGCAUGUCUACAAGGAAGUGGCCAAGACGUGGAGAAGAGAACGAGAAAACUUCCUCAAACGGUCUUGGGACAGAGCAUGCUGGACUCCAGCCAAGCCUUGGGCGACAAUUCCAUCUUUGGGUUGACCCUCGGUAAGACGGCCGAGAUCUGGACAAGCAUCGGCCAACAGCUGACCAGCCAAGAGAUGGGGCUGGAGGACCUCGUCGUCAGCCCAUUCAGUGGGCUCCUAGAAAAUGAAAUCCCCAGUGUAAUGGCUCUGAAGAGGAAGUUGAACAAGCUGACUCUGGAUCUGGAUUCGGCCAAGGGCAGAUAUCAGACAGCGGCAAGCAAGGGCACCGACAGGGAACACAUCACCAAAGUGGAGGCGAUCAGAGAAGAGAUGGAACAGUGCCAGUGGAAGGUGGACGCUUGCAAGGAUUCCUUGGCUACCGAGAUGAUGAGUUUAGUGUCCAAGGACAGCAUGCUGGCAAGAUGCCUUGUUGACAUGGUAGAAUGUCAAGCCCAGUACCACCGCAGCGUCCUAUGCCGUCUGGAGAAGCUGAUCCCCGAACUCAAGGACAACCUGUCGGAGGCCCCCACCCAGGGUGUCUUCGGCCUGGCCCUGGAGGACCACCUGAGGAUUCAGGGCAGGGAGAUCGCCUCGCCGCUGGAGAUCUGCAUCUGUUGGAUCAUGGAGCUGGGCAUGGACGAGGAGGGGAUAUUCAGGAUUGCUGGUAGCGCCUCCAAGGUCAAGAUGAUCAGGGCAGCACUAGAUACAAAUGUUGAACUAGACAUGGAAUUUGGUGUAGAACACGCAGCAGCAGGUGUCUUGAAGCAGUAUCUGAGGGAGCUCCCAGAACCCUUGCUCACAUUUGCUCUGUAUCCGGAAUUUAUCCAGACAAUGUCAAUCAAAGACAAGGACCAGAAGCUGCAAGCUCUGUGGACCGUGGCCAAGAAAAUCCCGAAACCCAACUACAACAACUUCAGGUACCUCAUCAAGUUCCUGAGCAAUGUUGCCAAGAGGAGCGAGUACAACAAGAUGAACGCAAGCAAUCUUUCGCUGGUGGUCGGGCCCAACCUCUUAUGGUCUGAGGAAGAUGGAGGUUUGUCGAUGACAAGCACAGGCGUGUCUGCCACCAUCAUCGAGUAUUUCAUCAAUUAUGCAGACUGGUUCUUCCCAGAAGAAAUUACUUUCGCAAUCACAAGCUCAAAAAACAACUCAUUCUCGGAGACAACUCAGUCGGGCGUGGACGCGACCGACGGUUUCCCCGCUGUCUCCGUUACCCCCGCACCGGCUGACACUAAUUCCCAGCCCAGUCCGGACGUCACGGACACACAGGUGCAAUCCAGUCCUGUCCAGCACAGUCCAGCGCCGGGGCCGACCUCGCCGCAGUCUGAAACCACCGUGGCACCGCUAACGCACCACUUAACCGACAAGAUAAGGUCAGCGUCAUUGCCCAGACCCAAAUCUGUGAAGAAGAACCCAGCUCCUCCGGUUCCAAGCAUGUCGCCAACUCCCUCACCUUACUCGUCCCUACCGAGAGAUACCCCAGCCCCUUCCACAUCCAACCCCGGCGUCAAUAACGUCAACGGCAACACGCCGACCAACUCCACGGAGAGGGUCACCCCCGAGCGACCAGACAGACCCUCCAAACUGGAGAAACCCCCUGUGAAACCGGACAGACCGGUCAAAGCGGAGAAGCCGGCGAUUUUGGAGAAGCCGGCCCGGCCGCCGGUUCCCGCCAAAAAGAAUAGCCAGGGACGGGAGAUUCGUCCAACGAGCUCGCCCCCGCCCAUCUCGUCGGCGACCGAUAACGUGCCGCCGUCGCCAACGUUACGACCCAAAUCCACAAGUCUUUCACGGCCGACUAUAUCGCCCCCACCACCCCCACCACCACAGAAAAGUCCAAAGCGUAUUGGGAGUGUCGACAGCGAAGAUAUACCGGAGGAAGUCACACAGUUUUAAAAAUGUAUAUAUAUAUAUCGCAUUUUGUAAUAUAUCUGAUAUGUGCUAAUCUAUCAACCACAAUUUGGAAACAUAAUUGAGAUGUUGGCGUGGGAUUAUGUGUGUCAUCUCACAUUCUUAAAGGCACAUAGGAUCAGUUGUUUUUCAUGCAUGUUAUUCAUUUCCAUUAACAACGCCAUUCAAAAUCCAAAGAAUGAUGGUCAAAGCAUAACUUGUUGAAGUGUAGGCUCAGGGCAUAUUACACUUUUUACGCACGAGAAAACAAUCGUUUGAUCACUAAACACUCUUUCAUCAAUAGAACUCAUUAUUUCCAAACAUCUGUCAAUUGACUGAUCUCAGGAAGUCACCCACAUUUCUUCUUCUGAAUGACAGCAAGUCAGACGGAAUAAUUUCACGGGGUGUUUAAUACCAGUACGAUCUUUAAGCUAAGUAAGUUUUAUGAUAAUAAUUUGGUAGGUUAUUUUUGAGAUAAUGCAAACGAUCCUAUAUGCCUUUAAGUUUGAGUUGCAAACCUUACUCUUUUGGUACGUGCAACCUGUCCACAAUCAUGGUAGCAUCUCAACAAUGACCUGUAAAUUGUGGUUGGCGGAUUUGACCAAAAAUUCAAUAAAGAUUGCUGCUUUGAUAAUCAUCUGAAUAUUUUAAAGUCAGUGUGUAUGGCAAGCCUUUCAAAAAAAAAAGUCCACAAAAUAGGCUUUAAUUGUGAAUGAUUUUUUAAUUACAUUU